GGCACGGACAGCAGACAGGAGGUGCCAGCCUGUCAAAAUGCCAAUCCUGAAGAGUCUGGGGGUGGGAGACCCCAAGGUGCCGCGGGCAGGGACUCUGCCCCUGCGGUCCUCUCGCAACCCCUUUGAAGACGCUCCAGCGCUGGAAGAAGAGGCCGGGGAGCCGGGGACACUGCCUAAUGGGACAUCGUGUGGCCGGAGGGCCACGCUGGAGAAGCUGGCCGGGCUGGCUCACUUCCGACUGGGCUGGACCUCGGGCCGACGGGCAGGCAGCCCGGGGGACGGGCAAGCCCGCUCUUUCUUGGGCCGUGUGCUGGCACCGGGUAUACGGAGGAGCUCAGCCGAUUUUGGCCUCCUGACCCGCUUUCAGGGGUUCCGAACCCACGGCGAUGAGGAGCCAACUGGCGAGGCUGCUCGGAGACUGGCUUUCCUGAGACUUGGGCGCGGGCCCAAGCCCCGGCGGGCAUCCCUGGCAGAGAGAGUGGUACCUGCAGGCGAGGCGGCCCCUGAGCCCCCACCCAAAGUCCCGGAGCCCCCAAAGAUGAAGGAGCCACUGUCGGUGCUGGAGAUCCUGGGCCUGAUCCAGAAGCGUGAGCUGGCGCGGGCGGACGAGCACAUCCUGGAGCUGGAGGCGGAGGCGCCGGCCGAGGCCGAGGCGGGCGCGGGGCGGCGCGCGCGGGACGUGGCGCUGCUGUACGAGGCGCUGCAGCGCGAGCUCUGGGCGCUGGUGCGCGAGGCGCUGGCGGCCCCGGGCCCGGGCGCGGGCGCGGUGGCGCAGCUGGGCCGCGUGCUGCAGCAGGAGGAGGCGGCGGACGCGCGGCGCGGCCCCGCGGCGGCCCGCAAGCUGCGCGCGCGCUGGGCCGAGGCGGUGGCGCGCGCGGCGCGGGAGCGGCUGGAGGAGGCGGCGGCGCCGGGCGCGCGCGGGGCGCUGGCUGGGCAGCUGGAGGCGCUGCGCGCGCGCCUGCUGGAGGACGUGGCCGCCGUGCGCGGCCGCCUGGCGCCCGCCUACCCCGCGGGGCUGCGCGCCGGCGCCGUCUACCUGCGCGGCUACCACGAGGCGCUGGCGGAGUGGCUCGGGGCGGCCGCGCGCCGCAGGCUCCCGCUGGCCGAUCGCUACGCCCUGCUGCACUGGCACCAUCAGGUGUACCCCAGGGAGAUCCUGGGCCUGGUAGACGUGGUCACCUUGGAGAAUGGGGAGCUGGGGCCCCUUCUGUCCGCUGGCACCCUGCGUGGUUUGGAGGAUGAAUGUGUCACAGAUGUGAAGGCCCAGACCCGCGCAGCCCUUCUCCGGGUGCUGCAGGAAGAUGAGGAAAAGUGGGGCAGCAUGGACUACAGGCCCAGCAACCUGGCCCAAGAUGUCUGUGAGCUGCUGGAAGAACACACAGAGAGAGCGCCCCACAUCAGUCAGGAGUUCGUGGAAAGAAUGGCGCACUGCUGCCUGGGCGGGCUGGCAGAGUUCCUGCAGAGCUUCCAGCAGCGAGUGGAGCGAUUCCACGAGAACCCAGGGAUCCGUGAACUGCCCUCUGAGACCUACAUCAGCAGGACUAUCUCUCUGGUCAACUGUGGGCCCCCCCUGAGGUCUUUGGCUGAGCGACUGGCCAGGGUGGGGCCCCCUGAAAGUGAGCCAGCCCGGGAAGCUUCAGCCCUUGCUCUGGACCGUGUGACCCGACUCUGCCAUCAUGUCCUUGCCGAACUGUUAUUCCAGGAACUACAGCCGCACUUCAGCAAGCUGAUGCGCAGGAAGUGGCUGAGCAGCUCCGAGGCUCUGGAUGGCAUCGUGGGCACACUCGGCGCCCAGGCCCUGGCCCUGCGCAGGAUGCAGGAUGAGCCUUACCAGGUGCUGGUGGCCGAACUGCACCGCCGGGCGCUGGUGGAGUACGUGCGACCGCUGCUGCGUGGCCGCCUGCGCUGUCGCUCCGCGAGGACCCGCAGCCGCGUGGCCGGGAGGCUCCGAGAGGAUGCAGCGCAGCUACAGCGGCUGUUUCGGCGGCUGGAGUCCCAGGCUUCCUGGCUCGACCAGGUGGUGCCGCAUUUGGCGGAGAUCCUGCAGCUGGAGGACACUCCCAGCAUCCAGGUGGAGGUCGGGGUGCUUGUGCGGGACUACCCAGACAUCAGGCGGAAGCACGUGGCGGCCCUCCUGGACAUCAAAGGCCUUCGAAACGCAGCUGCCCGUCAGGAGAUCCUGGCGGUGGCCCGGGACCUGGAACUCUCUGAAGGUGGUACCCUGUCGCCCCCUCGGGACCGCGCCUUCUUUGCAGACAUCCCCGUGCCGCGCUCAUCCUUCUGCCUCGGCCUCCCUCUCUUCUUGGGGCGCCUCCCCGUCUCCCGGCUGGCCAGGCCCAGGCUGGCUUGUCUGCCCCUGCGGCCUCGGCCUCCGUCGGCUGCGGUCAGAGCCAGAGCCCAGCGCUGAGGCUCCUGGUGCCCGUGUUGCUGCUGAUACACCCUCCGGCCUUCCACGGGACCCCUUGCCUGAGACGCAG